AUGUCCCUUCGGGAGAGUCAGGAGUUGGAACGCAUGGUCAUACCGUCCUCCUUGGCUGAGCAGACAACCCCGGGCAGCCUGUUGUUCAACGACACGUCUUCCCCGGUGCAGCAGUUGGAGCUCCAGGACUUGGACCUGGACGCCUUGGAACUGGGAGGUGAACUCAGCUGGCAGGAUCCGGUGGAUGACAGCUUGGUACAGAGAUAUGACUUGUACAUCGCCAAAGUCUUGUCGGAGAACCGGAGCUGUAUCGAGGAUGGAGCCGAAGUGGUUCCAUACGUCUAUAGUCACCCGGACAGAACCAGGUGGUUGCCACAUGUUGCCACAGGAAAAUAG